UGCCUGGCGCGGGCGGCCAUGGCGGGCGGGAGGCUGCCGGCGCUGCUGGUGCUCGCCCUGCUGCUGGGCGGCACGGCGGGGCCCGGCGCUUGGGCAGCGCGGAGCCGCGGCGCCGAGAAGCAAAACAGCCUCCGCCGCGCCGCCAGCGGCCUCUAUCAGGGCGUCAGCGGCCUCUUCGGCGAGGACAACGUGCGGGCCCUGCAGAAGUUUUUCUCAAGGUUGACAGAGAGGUUUGUGAAUGGGGUGGAUAUAUUAAUGGACACAUUCUGGAGAAUAUGGACUGAUUUGUUAGAUGUUCUUGGAAUUGAUGCCUCCAACCUGACUCAUUAUUUCAGCCCAGCGGCAAUUGCCAACAACCCGACCCGUGCUCUCCUGCUGAUUGGCGCCAUUUUACUUGCCUAUUGGUUUUUAUCUCUCUUCCUUGGAUUCUUCUUUUAUCUCCUGCACAUGCUGUUUGGUCGCUUUUUCUGGAUUGCGAGGGUUGCCCUUUUCACUCUCUCGUGUGUGUACAUCCUCCAGAAGUAUGAAGGUGACCCAGAACAUGCAGUCCUGCCUCUCUGCUUUGUUGUAGCAGUCUAUUUCAUGACAGGGCCAGUUGGAUUUUACUGGAGAAGAAACAGCAACAGCAGCCUUGAGGAGAAGAUGGACCACCUCGACAGUCAGAUCAGACUUCUGAACAUACGUCUUUCUAGGGUGAUUGAAAACAUGGACAGAGGCAGUGACCAAUGAACCAGCUCCUAUAGACCACUGUACACCAGCUCUAUAAAAUUCCUAAGCACUGUCUCAUUCAGAGUUACAAAGCAACAAAACAUCACAUGGUAAAAAGUGUGCAAAGUUAUAACUUUUCAUCAUGUGUAAGAUUAAUUUAUCUAGAUUAUACACUCAGCCAUUAUACUUGUAGGAAAAAAAAACAUGCCAACAUUUAAAAAAUUCAGCUGUAUAUUCAGAGAGUUUUAUCCAGUACUAGAAUUUUCUCAGUAGAUAAACGCUUACUUUUACAAGCAUUUAAAAACAUCUUUUGUAAAGUUUUUAUAAAAGCAAGUUGAGUAGUCUUUCAAAUAUUAAAAUUGAGCUAAACAUAUGCAAAUUUGACAAUUAAAAAGUUAAAAAGAAAAAAAAAUAAUCUCAAGCUACCAAACACUUCCAUCGAGAAGUAACUGCUGUGGGUCCACAUUUUUUUUUCAAAGUUGAGAAUGUUUUUGGUUUAUUGUUGGCUUAUUUCAUUGCCUUGAAGUUGCCUUUCAUAGAGUAUCAGAUGAGGAAAUUUCUGGUAUCCAGGCCAAAAAAAUUCACACCAUAGCUUUUAAUAGGAGGUGGGGAAUAAAGGAGAAGGAAAAUUUCAUAAAUUUUAAGUCCUUAAAUGCCAGUCCAAUAUGAGGAAUUGAGAAGUGAAUGUGUGGUGUUAUUUCAUUGCAUUUCAUCUCAAGAACUUUAGUUUGGUGUCUGAAAAGAAAUCUCUUUUUUAAUAAAUAAUUGACACAAAGGGAAGAGAUGUAGUGUGGCAAAUUGUAAUUCAUAUUUGAUCUUCACAGUGAAGCAUUUUCCAGGCAUAAGUGCAUAGAGUAAAACAUGAUUUUUAAUCUCAGGACCCAUGUACUUUCUCAAAAAGGCAGCAGUUAAAACACGUGCAAAUGUAUUGUUGCUUAAAUCUUUCUCAGGACCAAUAAGCGGCAAUAAAUUAUCUUCAGGAAGAUCUGGAUUUUUUUCUAAAAUUGUAAUAGUUUUAUAGGAGCGUUUUGCUUGAAGUCUGUGUCCUCACUAUCUUGCAUUUUAGGGAGAGUGAGUCACCUUAUGAGAAGGGUGUAUUAAACAGUUAUAUUUCAAAGUGAUGUAGGAGCUUAGAAGCAAUUUUAUUUUGAAGGAUUCUACGUAUUUGUAACCUUAGUAUUAACUAGCUUGGUAGACUAUCACUGGCUUUGUAAGGUUUGCUGAAAUGCAUUGAAACAAAGGUAACCUCAGGGAAGAAAGUCCGGUAAGUGGUUUAACUUGGUCACCGGUAGCAUUCAAGGAUAUAAAUGGGGGGAGGGAGGGAGGGAGAGCAUCUAAACCGUAGUGAUGAGCACAGCAUCGGUACCAUGAGAGGUAAAACGGGCCGCAGCUGAAGUACUUCAUAGAGUCUAAAUAAACAAGUAAAGAUAAAAAAGCAAGAGAAACUGGUCUGUGAUAGGGCCAUGCCAAAAAGCGAGGGGAACGAUAGAGAUAGGUGGUCUGCCUGCUGUUGCUUUGCCUGUGAGCGCCGUCUCCGGCGGGACUGGCCUGGGGCAGCUGUGCACAGCCUGGCACUUGAUCUUCACCUUCUUGUUUUGUUGGGCAGAGCUUAUGUUGGAUGUGACGCUUAACUGAAUGUAACUGUGGGGUGAAUUUAUUUCUCUCUUUAUGCUGAAGUUUAAUACUCUUCUUAAAAUGUGUGUUACUUGUCUAACCUCUUUCGGUCUGUAUGUGACAUUUACAUGAAGGAUUAUUUGAAGAUCCAUAUUAAUGGCCUUUACUCCAAACUGUGAUCACUUAAGUUCAACACGGUUGAAGUUCAUAUGCAGUUGGCACUGUUGUUAUCUGUUUUAAUUUUUUUAUGGCACCUGUAAAUUCCCCUGCUCUCCAUUUUUCAAGAAAUACACAGCUAGAGUUGCAAAGUAACUGCUUUUCAUAACUUUAAAUCUUUCCCGUAAACAGAUAAGUACUAUGGCAACAAAUAAUCUGCUUUGUAAAGCUGAAAAUGUAAAUUGCAGUAUACUCCUUUUUACAGCUCAUUUUCCAUAGUAUUACAGAGUCUUCCCAGUAAACUCAGUUUUCCCUGCUGUUAGGUGCAGGGGACUGAGCUAAAACACCAACCUGGAAAUUAGGACUUGAUAAGCAAAGCUUGUCAGGUCUUUACGUGUUUCACUAAAUUUGGGGCCUGAGGACCAAAGUCUGCAACUGUCGCUUGUGUGAGCGGCUCCAUUGACUUCAGUAGGACUGUGUGCAUGAGUCAGUUCUGCAUAGAUUAUAUUUUGUGUAAUCCGCAUUUAUUGUUGAAGUUAAAAAUACUGAAUCGUUUAUAUAUUAAGAGUUGUCUAUGAUAAAGAUUUCUUUUAAAAUCCUGUAUAAAAGUUAAUUUGGAUUAUAGUUUCUCCCUGUCCCGCUCUAAUCAUUUAUCUUGGUUUUGUAAAAUCAGCCCUCCUGUAUUAAUACUCUUAAUUUUCAUCACCCUGCUGCUUGGAAAGAAUGUAUUUUUGUAUUUACUUGCAUCCCAUGUAUAGAAAAAUGUUAUGUGAAAAGCGCUAUAUAUAAAAUUGGGUAUUUUUAAUCAGUAUUUUUCCCAGCACUCAGUUUUCACGUUAGUCAAAUUCAGAAGUAAUGAUUUUUUUUAAAGCACAAUCUAAUCUUCAAUAUAUGUACAUAUAUACUUUAAAAAUGCUCUGUAUUUUUAAACAUGCACUGUAGUGAAAGCGCUUUGGGGACAUGAAUGUGUUACUGUAUUUAAUCUCUUUCAACUUUUGUAAAUACCUUUUACAAAUAUUUUCCAUACCAAGUCAUCUAGUUUAUCCAUCGAGGUUUUUGCUCUGUUUUUUAGAACUCGUUCCAGUGACAGUGGUUGCACUGCUUUUGUAUUGCCAUUGACGGGAGCAUCUCGGGCAAACCCCCAGAGGGGCGCAGGUGUCGCUUUGUCACCCACGGAUAAACUGAGACAUAGAAUUUGGCAGGCUUGCCCGAGUCGGUGGCAGAAAUGGGAAUAAACCCCCAUGUCUCAGCUCCCUCCGCCUUCAGCUCUGACCACCAGACAGCUUGGCCAAAGGUGGGUGGCCACAUCUCCCACCGGUGGGACAGCCAGCUUCCCUGGGCUCUGCCGCGGCUGUGGGUGACCCUGCAGUGGAGGCUGCACACCCGCCGCAGCCUCUGCCUCCCCACCUGCCUGCUGGCAGCAGCCACACCAAGCAGCAUUGCCCUGCGUCACCAGCUGGCGUGACUUGGAGAUGGGCUUCGGGCUGUCCAGGGAGCGAAAUUCUGGUAGGGUCUGAAGUGUUUUAAACUUCAUACUUUAAGACCUAAUAUUUGAAACUACUGAGUAUUUUCGAUACAUUCAGUUUCGCAAAGCUAACAUCCGUAGCGGUUUCUUUGCAAGCACACACCUCCGCUAUAGAUAACUGAUUUGUCGUAUUCGGAAUGUAAUGCUUUUAAAAGUGGUAUUGGGUGUCAGAGUACAGUGUAUCAAACCUGGUGUAAUUCAGUGCUGUACUUAAUAGUGCGUCCUUCAAAUUGUGAUUUGCUUUUUGAGACUCGUUGCAUCGUUAGUGUGGAAAAUAGACCAGUAUCGAUCUUUGCUCUUUGAUGGCGUAGAAGUUUUUAAGAGUGAUUUGCCUCACGUACUGAUCCGUAUUUGGCAGCUAAUGAUGUAAAUGACCAUAAGUUCUCUUUGUCUGGGUUGGAAAAAUAAAAGGUUUUAUUGUAUCUGCAUGUAUUUGAAACUUUUGGAUAAUUCCAUCAAACUGUGAUGACAGCACAUUUAAAAAAAAUGAUCUUUUCCUUUUGAUCAGAAAUUAUCUUUGCUAUGGUAGCACUCGUUAUCGGCACUGAUGUUAGUGAUUCCACAGCCUGUUUUGUACAUUGGAUUUCAGGAUUAUAGUGUUUAAGUUUGUACAAUUGUGGUUAUGUAAAAAAAAAAUAUUUGGUCUGAAGAGAUGUCUGUAUGCUUUUGACAUAUGAUCCAUAGGCAAGUAUCAAGAUUCUACUGAUAAUAUUGUUAAGUAGUUACAAAUAUAUCAGACUUAUUUUUUACAGAGCUAUACAUGCCUUUAUUUAUUACUUAUCAGACCACCAAAUCAAUGUACUAUGUAGUUAAGUAUUUGUAGACCAAUUUCACAAAUCAACUAUGGUAUUGUGACAAAGCUUAAAAUAAAUGUUUACUGAAACUUU